AUGCAGCUCGUCCAAAGCUACGUCAACACGGACGGGUCCGUGGCGCCCCUCAUUCAGAACGUCAAGCGAACAGUGAUCACGCAAGCGGGUGGCAUUGAAGAUGACGUCCUUGGCUCGGACUAUAUCAUUACGUCACGCCCGCUUGGCAACCGGUACUUGGUCACGUCGGCGUGCCACACCGAGAUCGAAGAGCUCUCGGGGCAGAUCUCAGCCCUAGGACUCACCGGCUGGAGCCAAGGGGCACACUCGAAAUUACCCAUCGUACCGGGCUGGAACUGCGGGCACACGGUCGCCAACGCCAACGAACUCAUCGCAAUUCAAGUCAUUUUCGCCAUCAUGACGCUCUUGCUGCUCAGCGGUGACCUCCUCACCACAUAUCAAGGGCUCAAGGGUGUUUUGGGCGGGAAGCCCGUGCUUACGUACGCGAUUCUCUCGGGUCUCGAGCGGCGCAAGCUGCUCCUUGUCUGCAUCCUCGUCAAUGCGAUGCCCGGUCUUCUCUACAUGGACGUCUCGCGCAUCUACUACUUUACAGACAACGGCUUCAAGAUCUGGAGCCUCUCGACGGCAAUGAUGGCCAGCUUUGUGAGCUUCUCAUGGUUUGGCAUCCUCAGCAUCACGGACCUUCUUUUGUCACCGCUCCGACCGCUCUUCCGCGGGUACUGCCUCAGCUACUCGGCGCCGCUCUACAUGUACGCGUCGCUGAUUGCGAUUUUCUGGAGCUGUGCGGGCGACCGGACGGUCUUUCAAACGGUCUACAACGCGUUCUUUGCGGCGCCGCCGUUCAUAGGCUUGUACAUCAACAAUGCGACGUGGCCCAGCGGCGCAUACGUCGCCGAAGGCACGCCCGCUGUGAUCACGGGGCUCGAGUCGCAGAUCCUCGUGCCGCUUUUUGCGUCCUGGGCCGCUUCGCUCGGAUGGCAAACGCUCCAUCGCCUCGUUUACCACCGCCGCUUUUUUCUGCACACGAGCUGGUGCAGCACCAACUCGUUCCUCUCGCACGUAAUGCCACCCACGUGCUUGACGACGCUGCCGCUCGAGCAGUCGAAUGCCAUCAAGAUCGGCAACCGCUACGUGCUGUGGACACCCUAG